AUGUUCAACCUAGCUGUUGUAUUGCGCGACGGAGGGGACGGGGUGGCACAGAAUUCAGCGCGUGCUGUGGAACUGUAUGAGUACUUGAUUGAAGAGCUCGACGAUAUCCAGGCGAUGGUGCAUCUUGGAUUCCUCCUGCUGAAGGAGGGCGCAGAGGGAUUGGAGAGAAACGUGGUUCGGGCCUUCGAAUUGUUCGGGCGUGCGAUCUGGGAAGGCCGUAGUGGCGGCACUACCUGCCAACUCGUGUUCUUGAUGAUUUGCAGUUUUAGUUUUGCAAUUGUGUGUUUUUCUUUGCUACUGCAAUGCAUGUGCUGAUGCGGCUCAGAGCGUUCCAGUUAAUGUGAGAUAGUCGUUCUCAAUUCUGCUGAAUUGAAGCAAUCACUACUGUAGCAUGUUAGAUACGGACCAUCGACUACGGGUCCGAUUAUACCGAAAGUUAUCUCCGGUUAGCACUAACCUGUUACGUGAUCCUUUCCUGGAACCAGAGUGGAAGAGUUGAGGUGUAGAACUGUACUGUCAACAAUAUCUGGAAGGGACGCCGUUCUGCGGGAUGAAGUCUGAGCUGCGAAUCUAUAUGAGCGCGCGAUCCUGGAGCACAGUGAUGUGCACGCGAUGACAGGGCUGGGCCUGCUAUUAUCCCUUGGCGCGGCGGGAGUGGAGAAGAAUGUGAUUCGCGCAAUAGAAUUGUACGAGCGCGCGAUCGACGAGGCCCAGGAUGCCUUUGCUAUGGUCGAACUGGCGCGCCUAUUGCAGGAUGACAGAGACGGGGUGCGGCCGAAUGCAGCGCGAGCCGCAAAGCUGCUUGAGCGCGCGGUUGAAGAGCACGACUACGUCGAGGCCAUGGUGCAACUCGGGGAAAUGCUAGUACAAGGCACGGGGGGAGUGCGGACGAACGCGGCUCGUGCGGCGCAAUUGUACGAGCGUGCGAUCGAGAAGUGCCAUAACCGCGACGCUAUGCUUAAAUUGGCUCGCUUGCUGCGAGACGGAGCGGACGGGGUUGCGCGGGAUGCAGCGCGAGCAACGAGGCUGUUCCAAGCCGGGAUGAACGGGCGCGACGGAGGCGAGGCGAUGGAGAUUCUCGAGCGACUGGUGCAGGACGCAGCCGGGCGGCGCUGAGCCCAGCACGAGGCAGACGAGGCCGGUGCAUGGGUUCCGGCAAUCUGACGGCAAUCUGAAAGGGGGGAGGCGGUGGACGACUACGCGGGUGACUUGUUCGCCGACGUCGCGUGCAUCCGCGACGUGGGCACGCCUGCGAAGGAGAGAGGGGAUGGCAUCCUUGGUGUCACGCGGACGGCUGCACAAGUGUUCCGUUUCGACUUGCAGAAAACCUCGUUGAUCGCUAUCAUGCCCUCAAGAGUAAUGCCCUAGAGUAAUGGCUUUGGCAAUGGCACCAUGGGGAGGUACGAUGAGCGACGAGGCUGAAGAGGAAUGCAAGACUUGGACAUGAAAGCAUGGGACUGCUA